UCCGGUAAGGACGGUUGUGCACAGCAGCAGAGCUGCGGAAGGAUCUGACGGAUGUCAUGUUCAAUUCCCAUCGAAUAUCAGAUAUACAAUGUCUUAACGAAAUGGAAAUGAUUCUUUCCUCGAAUUCGACUAACGUGAAACAAAAUAACAGAAUUUCAUUCAUUUAUACACAUUCAUGCAAGAGUCUUUCGGCCGACACUUUCCGGAAAAAUUCAGGUAAGUUUUUCAAUUUUAUCGCAAACCCUAGAACUGAAUCCCAAAUACUAAAUUAUGAUCUUUGGUGUUUCACUUUAGUUUUCACGUUAUAUAGCUUAGAGGUUUAUUUUUAUUGUUUUAAUGAUCGAUUUUGUGGAAGAGAUGGAUGAAUUACUAGAUGGAUUAGGUUGUAGACUAAGGGUAUCAGGCAUGGUAUCAGAUUCCAUAAUGAUGGGAAUAGUAAAUUCAGCAAUGGAACAAGCAUUUCAAAAAGCUUGUUCUAAAGAAGGUAAUAUUGAAAGAUUAAAUGAAAAAUCCAGGUUUUGUGAAUUAGCAGUAAUGCAAUUAGAAUUGUGCAUUAAAAUAUUUCAGGAAGAUACAGAUAUUUAUGUAGUAGUUGAUAAUAGUUUGGAACGUGAGAAAUUGGUAUUAGAACUAGGAGAAAUAAAGGAUCGGAUUCAAAGACGACUUGAAGAAACUGAAUUCGCUAUUUCGGAGAAAGAUAGAGAGUUGAAUGAGGCAUUACAAGCUUUGGAUACGAAAGAUAGGGAGGUAUGGUCUUUAAGAAAUAACUUAAAUGAACUUGGCAAAGUGAAGAGUGAGGGAGUUCAAGAAUUUGUUCGUAAUAACAGGCUUGUUGUGGAUGAUAAAAGUAUAGAUGGUGAUUUUUGUGAGUUGAAGAAUUCUGUUGAUCAGCAGUUUUUGAAUAUUAAACAAAAACUCGAGGAUGAAAGGAUUAAUAUCACCUCGGGCAUGAGGAAAAUUGAGACGGUAAAUGUUGAAUCCGAUUCUCGAUUAGUUGAAGACGAAGAAAAUUCUGCAGAUGGUGCGAAAAAAUGUGAGCUAUAUGAGAAGGGUUCUGAAAUUGAGAUUUCAAAUCGUUCGUUGAAGCCAGAACUGAAUGAGGGGUUUUGUAGAAUGGGAUCUGACAUUGAUGUCUUGAAAGGCACCCUAGAUGUUGCAUUUGGAAUGAUGGAUAAUGUCAUUUCUUUGUCAGAGGUGAAACCAUUGGAGCAAAAGUGGAGGUGGACUAUUGAGAUGGACACAAUUGCUGUUGUAGUUAACGGAUUUUUGAGGGAUACACAAGAUCAUUUUGGAGGAGAAGUGAGAGGUGGACAAUAUUACGGUUCUCUAGUGUUGAAAGAAAAUUGGCCUGAAUUUUUAAAUGAUGUUAUAAGUUUGAGACAGGAACUACAGAAUUUGAUGGAUCAAGUGAAAAAUUCUAAACGUCGUGAAUCAAUUUCCCCUCCAUCCCAGAAGGAUGUUGGAGAAAAGCUGUUUCCUUUCAAGCGUCGUGAGUCCAUAUCUCCUCCAUCUUCAAAAGAUGUUGGAGACAAGUUCUUCCCUCACACAGUGAAUAUAAAAAGGCGGUCUGUUUCGGAUGCUUCUGUACUAGACAAGUUUGGGAAUUUGGUGGAUGAAGCCAAAAUAUUCCAGUGCCGUGAAUCAGUAUCCCCUUCAUACACCGAGUUUUCUCAGAAAACAAACCAAUCAAGAGCAAAGCCUUCUGCUGAAGCUUCUGCUGUUGUAGACAGGUAUGGGAAGCCACCAAACACUACUCCUUUGAAGAUUAAAACACAAGAACAAGAACCUCAGGAGGAACAAUUUAAAGAAGAUUCAUCAGGGCAAGGAAGUAGUCUUGUUGCUGAAAUGAUAAGAAAUCAUGAAACAAUUAUACGACAGAAAAAUGCAGAGUCAAAUUGGCUGAAGGUGGAAAUACUAAGAGAAAAGGGAAGCUCGGCAAAGAAAGAUACGGAACCUGAUACCUUGAAACAAAGGAUACAAGACAUUAUUGUGAAAUUGGAUAAUAUUAUCGAGGUGAGUGAUAAGGUGGAUCGAGGUUAUGAUGCUAAUGGUGGAUGUGCUCUAACUUCAAUGGCGAAAAAUAAACUAGCAAAUCAAGAGCAGGAAUUUUCAAAUUUGGAAAGUAUGAUACAGAUUGAAAUUUCCAGUAUUAUCUUAAAAGGUUUGGUGAAAGAUUACGUGGCUGAAUUUUAUGAAUAUGGUAUAGAAUGCCUAAUAAGUGAGUAUGUAAGCAAAGUUUACCUCAGUGAAAUGAUAACAGAACGGAAUGAAGAUUUGAAGAGGUAUUAUCUUGAAAGAGAUAUCAAGGAAGACAUAUGUCAACUCGUAUUGAGUUCGCAUUUGCAAAGUACUAUUCUUGAAAAGAAGGAAAAUGACUUGGUAAAUGUAUCAACCUUGCCUGGUGAGUUGCUUCAAUAUGUGGAAGAGGUGAUUGGGAAAGAUGUCUAUACUGUGCUUUUACGGGAAACUGUCAAGGAAUGGAACGAGGGCCUAGAAAGUUAUAACAUAGGAAGGCAUAUUGAGGAAGAAUUAUAUAAUAUUGUCUUUAGAGAGUGGAUUAAAGAUAUGCAUGGCUUCACUGGCGUACAGUGCCAGACAGACAGGACUGUGAAUAAUUUUCUUGAAAGCUCAACAACUCCAAACAGGUCGUUUCAAAAUUUGGAAGGCGUAAUAAGGGAGGAAGUAUGCACAUCUAUUCUUCGGGAAACGUUCAAGGAAUGGAAGGAUGCACUUAAGAGAUACAAUACUGAAAGUUGGAUAAGCGAAGAUGUGAGUCAAAUUGUUUACCACGAUACGAUGAAAGACUGCAUUCACAGUUUCUCCUCUACAGCAUGUUGCAAAAGCGGGAGUCAAGAUAAUGUCAUGGAAGAUAUCUACGUAAACAGACUCUCAAGUUUAGAAGGCAAAAUCAAGGAAGAUGCAGUUUUGCUAAAGAAUGUGGAUAUGAUAUUGAAGGAUCUCGAAUGUUACAAAUACGAGAGCCUUGUUGAAGAGGAGGUAUACCAGAUUGUCAUGAAUGAGGUUGUCAAAGAUUUGAAAGAUGUAAUCAAGUUCACAUUAAACGAAUGUCAAGAAGCCAAAGAUCAAGUAAAAGUGUUGAAUUUUAAUAAAUUGUUUCAAAGUUUAGAGGGCCUAGUGAGGGAAGACGUGUGCAAAGUUGUUUUGAGGGAAAUGAUCAAGGAGUGGAAUAAGGAAAUAAGAAUUCACAACUUGGAAAGGUUAAGAGAAAUGAAACAUCACUUUAAACCAGAUGUUGAACUUGUAAGCUCGUUAAAGAAAAGGGAAUCGCUUUACAGGAAAGCUUUCCUGAGGAGGUGCUAUGAUCUUCAGAAAGCCGAGACUGAGGUGGAUUUGUUGGGUGAUGAAGUGGAUGAUCUUUUAAGUCUUCUCGAGAAGAUAUAUCGAUCAUUGGAACAAAUGUUACCAGUUUCGCAACACGAUUUUAAGAUUAUGGAGAUAAUUAAUGCAAUAAGGAAAGAAUUGUAUGGACCAGCUGCUUGUACAUCCUAGAUGUAAUAGUAACAGGUAUCCGGUCUUAAAUACACAUAAUAUACAAUCAUCAUCAGCUUCUAGCGAAAUAGCUAAUGUUAUCCUUGUAGGAAAUUUACGUAUGUAGGAGCUAUUAAAAACCGGUUAGAACGCUGGAGUUUUUUUAGCUGAAACAUUAUGUUAUGCUGGGCUUAUAAGUUGGCUGUAUGUGUACUGCCCAAUUGAAAACAGGUUUUUAGAGUAGUACAGUAUCAGAUUUCAUAUUCAUUUCACCCGAUAGUAUUUUUUCCAGGGAGGAACUGAUAAAAGCUUGGAUUUUGUAAAGAAUAUUGUAGAAUAACUGUAGCAGUAUUUCUAUGACUCAUGAGUACAGACUUACAGUAUCAUUUUCGUAUAUACAUAUAUAUACUCUGGCAGUAUAUAUGGACUUUUUUGGGACCCUAAGACCCACAAAUGGAAAAAGAUCUUGCAGAGUUUGAGAA